AUUGUUUAGUCACCAACCAUGUCUCUCACGGAGUGGUACCAGAGUCGUGAAGUUCUGUUAACGGGAGUUACCAGCGAACUCGGUCAAGCCCUUUUAGAAAAACUGUUACGAACAUUUCCGAGUGUUACAGUUUAUACUAUUGUACGAUCAAGAAACUCCCUUUUGAGAGGAGAUCGUAUUAAAAAAAUAUUUUCAUCAGCUGGAUUUUCAAGACUACGCAAUGAGCAACCUAAUGCAAUUUCACGGGUGAAAGUCUUUGAGGGCAACUUAUUAUACAAUGGCCUAGGAUUAAAUGCGGAUGAUUUGAAAAGUUUAAGAGAAGUGAAGAUAGUUUUCCAUGCGGCAGGACCCUACAAUAAUGUCCUUAACUUUGGUCGAGAUGAGCUACCACAACUUGAAGUUAUUGCUCUGGCUUCAAAUAUGUUCAAGAAUAAAACAAUAUUUGAUGAUAAACAUCCUGAUAUCAAAAAGUUUGAAGACAUUCCAUUAACAGUAAUCCAACACUCUGCAUUGAGUCCAGCAUACUUGGAGCCAGUUCCAGGCUUAGCUGAAACUUUGAAUGGUCCUACUGCUUUGAUGAUUGGCGCUGGUUAUACUCUUGGAAAGAAAGACCUACAGGCUGAAGUCAUUCCGAUUGAUUCAACAGUUAAUGGACUGAUCACUGCUGCUUGGGAAAGGGGAACUCGAAAAGAUGGAAAUGUCUUGAUAUACAAUGUGCCAAAUCUUGGAUGUACUUGGGCUGAACUGCUGAAAAAAAGUCAAACAGCGAGGAAAAAAUUUCCUUAUCCAGCAUUUGGCAUUUCUGGAAUGACGUCAAUUGUUUUGCUUCAUUGGAUUGUUAUUUUCUUUUUCGAGUGGUUGCCAUCGGCAAUUUGUGAUAGUGUUCUUUCGGCAGUUGGAGCAAAACCAAGAUUUGGCAUUGAACAUAGGAAAGUACGUGAUGCAUUAAAGUCUAUGGAAUCAGUAUGUUCCAAGUCAGUGACUAUCGAUAGAACUGGUGUUGAUAAUCUAGAGAAAAGACUUUCACAAGAGGAUCGGGAAAAAUUUCCGGUGUGUUUUAAUAUCGAUUUGGAAUUUUAUGCAGUCUGUGUGGCUGCAUCGGCACAAAAACAUUGUCCUAACAAAGAAAAUAUUUUCUGGGUAAAGAACUUGAAGAGAAUUUUUGUUGCUUUAAUAUCUGUGGUUUUUUUAUAUAAUGUUCUUGGUAAGUAAGUGCUCUCUACUUUUGGCGUACCUAGAGCAAAAGAUUAUAAUUAAUUGUAUACGACAUGAAAUAAUAUAUUUACUACUGAUAAAGAGAUGUGUAACAAGAUAAAAACUGUAAUAAACCGAAUGAUUUUUAACCAA